CGUCGUCAAGGUCCACGCUGCUGCCCGCUUCACAGCUCCCAAGAACAUUGCGCCGCCGCCAUUGGCCCUGUUCCUUCAAGAUGUCUGCCCGUCAGCCUCGCUUCACUUCGCAGGUCCUCAUCGACACCACCCCUCUACCCGAUGACAUCCCCAAGGUUCAGGAGCUAGGCGCAAGCUCCGCGCCCCUUCUAAGCGCCUCGUUCUUCAUUGGGGCGCGAUGCAAGGCGUACAAUGACGAUUAUAUGAUGUGCAAGACGGAGGCCAACGGUCGGGGCGAGUUCGAGUGCAUGAAGGAGGGCCGUAAAGUCACACGAUGCGCUGCGAGCGUCAUCAGAGACAUCAAUGAGCAUUGCCUGGCGGAAUUCCGCAGCCACUGGCAAUGCUUGGAGAACCACAACCAGCAGCUCUGGAACUGCAGGCCAGCCGAGCGGCAACUCAAUAAGUGCGUGUUUGAUAAGCUGAAACUCGAGAAGGUGAUACCAGAUACGCCCAAGGGCGAGGAGCCGGUCCAUCUACGGAAGCGCCAGAUCUUCCAGUCCUCUUGAAUUCUGUAUACUAGGGAGAGAAAUGAUGAUUCAGUUUCCAACCCAGGCAGCGGGCGUGGCUGCCCCUUGUACUUGUUUUUCGACUGUUCUACUCACUUGUUUAACAGCAAAACAGUCCAACACGGUGGAAACAGACGCGGCUAAAACUUGAACGAAUAAAUGAAGAGUAGAAAGAACACACAUGGCCUCUCUAGCUGCAUGGAACAGUCAACAAAGGCAAAAGUGUUCUCCCGUGGGCACUCCUGUUCUAACAGUCGGUUGCCGUAUAAUGCAAGUGAAUGCUUUACCACCAACGUCCGAUCGGCCCAUUUUGAAGUAGC